AUGCCGUCCCUGCUCGUGCUCACUUUCUCCGCGUGCGUCUUGCUUGUCUGGGCGUUGCUGGUCGGCAGCACCAGUGGCGGUGGCGGCGGGGGCGCCAGCCUCGGCGGAGGGCGCCGGGAGAGAGAGGCGCUGCAGCCGCAGAAGAUCGAGGUGCUGGUGCUGUUGCCCCAGGACGACUCAUACCUGUUCUCCCUGGCCCGGGUGCGGCCGGCCAUCGAAUACGCGCUCCGCAGCGUGCAGGGCAACGGGACCGAGCGGCGGCUUCUGCCACCCGGCACUCGCUUCCAGGUGGCCUACGAAGACUCGGAUUGCGGCAACCGCGCACUUUUCAGCCUGGUGGACCGCGUGGCGGAGGCACGCGGCGCCAAGCCCGAUCUCAUCUUGGGGCCGGUGUGCGAGUACGCAGCAGCGCCGGUGGCCCGACUUGCGUCGCACUGGGACCUGCCUAUGUUGUCGGCAGGGGCACUGGCCGCGGGCUUCCAGCACAAGGACACCGAGUACUCGCACCUCACGCGCGUGGCACCCGCAUACGCUAAGAUGGGUGAGAUGAUGCUCGCCCUAUUCCGCCACCACCAGUGGAGCCGCGCCGCACUGGUCUACAGCGACGACAAGCUGGAGCGGAACUGCUACUUCACCCUCGAAGGGGUCCACGAGGUCUUCCAGGAGGAGGGCUUGCACACAUCCGCCUACAAUUUCGAUGAGACCAAAGACUUGGACCUGGACGACAUAGUGCGCUACAUCCAGGCCAGUGAGCGAGUGGUGAUCAUGUGUGCAAGCAGCGACACUAUCCGGGGCAUCAUGCUGGCAGCGUACAAGCACGGGAUGACCAGUGGAGACUACGCCUUCUUCAACAUCGAGCUCUUCAACAGCUCUUCCUAUGGAGAUGGCUCGUGGAAGAGAGGAGACAAACAUGACUUUGAAGCGAAGCAAGCAUACUCAUCCCUCCAAACAAUCACUCUACUGAGGACAGUGAAGCCUGAAUUUGAGAAGUUUUCCAUGGAGGUGAAAAGUUCUGUUGAGAAACAAGGACUCAAUGAGGAAGAUUACGUUAACAUGUUUGUUGAAGGAUUCCACGAUGCCAUCCUCCUCUAUGUUCUGGCUUUACAUGAAGUACUCAGAGCUGGUUACAGCAAGAAGGAUGGAGGGAAAAUUAUCCAGCAGACUUGGAACAGAACAUUUGAAGGUAUUGCUGGCCAGGUGUCCAUAGAUGCCAACGGAGACCGGUAUGGGGAUUUCUCCGUGAUCGCUAUGACAGACCCGGAAGCGGGCACCCAGGAGGUCAUUGGUGAUUACUUUGGAAAAGAAGGUCGUUUUGAAAUGCGGCCGAAUGUCAAAUAUCCUUGGGGACCUUUAAAACUGAGAAUAGAUGAGACCAAAAUUGUGGAGCACACAAACAGCUCUCCUUGCAAAUCAUCAGGUGGUCUAGAAGAAUCGGCAGUGACAGGAAUUGUUGUGGGGGCCUUACUAGGAGCUGGCUUGUUAAUGGCCUUCUACUUUUUCAGGAAGAAAUACAGAAUAACCAUUGAGAGGCGAAGCCAGCAAGAAGAAAGUAACGUUGGAAAACAUCGAGAGUUACGGGAAGACUCCAUCAGAUCCCAUUUUUCAGUGGCUUAAAAGCAAGCCUUUUCUUUAGGCCUGAGAUUCUUUAAGGAGAUAGACAGGAUGAAAGACAUCAAUGGAACAGAAGGGGCGCUCUUGAAGAACUCAUUCUUUUAAGCAGUUAGUCAUUUCGUUGUAAAAUUUCUUUAGAAGCUCAGGAACUAUUUUGAGUCACCAUAUGCCUCCCGGGCUUUCACCUCAUGACAAACAAGUAUGAGAAUACAACAUCGCUCUGUUAAAUGUUCCUACUGUUUCAAGGGCAUAUGAUUAGAUUUAUGUUUGGAAAUCUGAUGUCUCCAUAUUUUGAUGGUUUGGGGGGCAUUUCAUAUAAGGCUACAAAAAUGUGGUUUUCUGAAAUGAAAUGUUUUAUAGCUAGAAUAAAAUCAUUUUUAUGAGUAGAAUAUUCUUGGAAAGAAUUUAACAUCCAAAAAGAGGAAAAUGUAAUGAAAAAUCUCAAGGUUGGAAAUACAGUGUUCCUUUUUCUAGUGCAAGUGGACAGAUUUGAAGUUAAGGACUGCUCUGUCCAAUGUAUAUAUUCAGGUCCUGACUUCAUAUCUCCAAAAAGGAUUUCUGGCCUGUCUCCUUUAGUGUCUCAUAAAAGCGAUUCUGGAAAGUUGUAACUAUUAAUAAGAUAAGAGGAUUUAUAUAAGAAAAACAAAUCUAAAAUGUUUCACUUUUUAAUGUAAAAAAAAAAGCCCUAUUUCACACUAACGUUUUAUUUUUAGGUAUUUUAAUCUUAUAUUUUGCUAUUAGAAAAUGUGUCUAUUUUUUCAUUUUGAAGAUUAAAUUCCACUUAUAUUUUAAAAGCAUGGGUAAAGUGUGCAACAAACCAGCAAUGAUGAAAGAGGCUUCUCUUUUCCUCCCUGUUUCCCUAUCCCCUUGGCCAUACCCAAAUGCCAGUUGUUGAUUUAAUUA